AUGCCGCAUUCCUCUGAAGCCGUUGACUCGCCGGCCUCGCAAUCUCAAUCUUCCUCGCCCGGCAUGCAGCCAUGGUCGUCAGAGGUGGGUCGCCAGAGCAUUCACACCCCAAUGCCGCUCAUCAUGGGAAUGCCGCACUCACUCUGUCUUUCCCUCCGUUCCACACUGAGUGGGCAGGAGGACGCGGUGCUGCUGCGCCACGCGCUGCAGUGCGGCACGAAGCAGUGGGGCGAGCUGGAGAGGAGCGGUCAGCUCAAGAGGAACAACAAGUCGUGCUGUAACCGUUACAUCUUCCUCCGAAGGAAGUUCACAGACCGCUUUCGCCAGAACUUCCUGCGAAAGCACCUGGGAGCUGCUGCACUCCUGCAGCAUAUUCCAUUGGAUGGCCACAGCCAGGCAUUGCUCUGUCAGGAUCUCAAGCAGCAGCAGUCGGAGCAUUCGGAGGGCGUGGGAGCAGCAGCCCUGGCGUUCGGAGGGCUGUCGUAUGAGUGCGUGAUGGCGUUCUUCGCCCCCCAUGCUCGCUGUUGCCUCCCUCCCGCCCCGCCCAACCUCUCAUCCCUCGUCGCCACCCCUCCCCUUGCUCCUCCUCCUGCUUCCCAAGCUCCUCCUCCUGCUUCCCAAGCUCCUCCUCCUGCUUCCCAAGCUGCCCCCUUCCCUGCGGCUGUCGCGUCUACCUCGGAGUGCCCAUUCGCCCGUGAUGCCGUCCCCGUUGCUGCUGCCUCCACCGCCGCUGCUUUGCGUCGCCCAGCGAAGCGACCACGGGGCGACUGCCCUGGCCUGACGGCAGACCAACCGGUGCUUUGGGGAAACGGGAGCUGGGUGGUGCGAGGGGGGGUGGCGUGUGGCACGGAGCGCCGGCGUCAGUCAGUGGCAGAGCAGUUCCAGCAGCAGGGGGCGAGCAGCCGCGUGCAGCAGCAGGGAGCGAGCAGCCGCGUGCAGCAGCAGGGAGCGAGCAGCCGCGUGCAGCAGCAGGGAGCGAGCAGCCGCGUGCAGCAGCAGGGAGCGAGCAGCCUCGUGCAGGAGACAGAGGAAGCAGCCCUUCUGGAGGCUCUGCUGCAGGAGGAGCAUCGCCAGCAGCGGCAGGGGGGAGUGGGCAGCAGGGCGCAGCGGGUGCUGUGGCCGCGUGUUGGGUCGGAAAGUGCCCUUCCAGACGACGUGCUGCUGAAAUCUAACAAUGGGGCCCCUGCCUUCACGCAACGCGCCGCUCUAUCUGUUUCUCCGCCCUCCCAACUCUUUGCUCUGCCCGGCUCCACUCCCCGCAAUGGUGAUUCCACUGCCUGGUGUGGGGAUUCCGCUCCCUGCAUUGAGGAUUUCGCAAUGCAGCGGGUGGACUGGCCCCCCGUUGGGUCGGAGAGUGCCCUUCCAGACGAAGUGCUGCUGGGACUCUGCUGUGAGGACCCUGCUUUCAUGCAAGGCACCGCUUUCUCUGCUCCUCUGCCAACCCAGCCACUCGCACCGUUGCCAACAGCAAUGCUCCCCAAACUCGCUGCUCUGUCUGGCUCCGCUCCCUGCAUUGGGGAUGGUUCCACACUGCAGCAGGUGGAGUGGCCGCGCGUUGGAUCGGAGAGUGCCCUUCCAGACGACGUGCUGCUGGGACUAUGCUGCGAGGGCCCUGCCUCCGCACAACGUGCUGCUCUCUCUGCUCCUCCGCCCACGCAGCCACGCGCACCCGCUGCUCUUUGUGCCUCCGCUCCCGGCAGCACGAGCAGCUGCAUUUCAGCGGUGCUUGCGGGGAGUACGUGUGGCACAGAGGAGCAGGAAUACGUUGAUGCAUGCAUUGACGCGCUCUGGAACGGAAGCAACACGGACAACAACAGCAACGGCGCUGACAACAACAGCAACGGCGCUGACAACGGGGGCAUUGACAACCACAGUGACAGGGACAUGGGUGCUCUCUUUCUCAACACGCCUGUUGUUCAUGUGCUGCUGAGUGGGAGUGCCCUCACCAUGCCCUUGCCCAGUGGGCCUCAAUCUCAGGGGCCUGCACCCCCUUGUGCUGCCGGGACAGCCGUGUCAGAGUGGGCGGUGGAGCAGGGAGUGACCGGGGAGGAAGGUCGUCAGCUACACAGGCAGCAGCAGUUUCUCACCAACCCCGACACGGCCUUUACUCUGGGAGCUGAUGUCGCUGCUAUGAAUCCCAUCAAUGGUCGUCAGAUCAGCCUGGAUGUGCGAUGCUAUACUAAUCUGUUCAGAAUCAACUUGCUCAAUACUAGCGGGGAUGGGAUUAAUGGUUGA